AUGGAGGCUAUCUCAUGGUCCAACAACGGCACGCAAGCGGAAACCAUCUCUCCCUCCAACCCAUUGACCAAGGGCGAUUUCCCCGGAUCCUUCGAAGCAUGGCGUCCAUAUGCGACCGGACUAGGCACAGUCGCACUCUUUCUUUUUGGAUUGGGCCUGUUCUACGACCGCAUCGAGCGGCGGGGAAGUAAACAUGUGAUCUUGGGUGACUGCGGGUGGUGGCUCCGCCGGACCAUGAUGACCAAGUUCAACCUGGAUCCGAACAAUGUUGUUUUUGAUGGCUACAAGCGGGAUAAGAUAUGGGCGACGUGGAUCAACGACGAGCUGAUCCAUAUUUUGCCACCCAAGUUCUUCGACGAUAUCAAGAAUCAGCCGCUGCAGAAACUUUCCUUUCUCAAGGUAGUUGAUGAACACUUCAUGUGGAACCUGCACGUCGGCGACAUGGUGUGCCAGAGAGACUACGUCAAAGCGGUGAAAUCGCAGCUGAAUUUCAGCCUCCGUAAGAUGGAAUCUCAUCUCAAGGACUAA